CACGUCAUCACUAGUUCAUCUGAGCAGUGGCUAUAAAAGCCUUGGCAUCGCUUUGGGACGCCAUUAGCACAAGUGCUGUUGAAAGUGAAACAUUUCUCCGUGAAGAAAAUUUUCUUUGUUCUCCCAAGAGGUUAUCGCAACAAAUAAAGAUAAUCAUGCAGAUCUUCGUCAAGACUUUAACUGGAAAAACCAUCACCCUCGAGGUUGAGGCUUCAGACACCAUUGAGAAUGUGAAAGCUAAGAUUCAAGACAAGGAAGGAAUCCCACCGGACCAGCAACGUUUAAUCUUCGCUGGAAAGCAACUCGAAGAUGGACGUACUCUCUCUGACUAUAAUAUUCAAAAGGAGUCGACUCUUCAUUUAGUACUUAGACUUCGAGGUGGUAUGCAGAUCUUUGUCAAGACUUUGACCGGAAAAACUAUCACUCUUGAGGUUGAAGCAUCUGACACAAUUGAAAAUGUGAAAGCUAAGAUUCAAGAUAAAGAAGGAAUCCCACCAGACCAGCAACGAUUGAUCUUCGCUGGAAAACAACUCGAAGAUGGUCGUACUCUUUCUGAUUAUAACAUCCAGAAAGAAUCAACACUCCAUUUAGUACUCCGACUUCGUGGUGGUAUGCAAAUUUUCGUGAAAACUUUGACUGGAAAGACCAUUACUCUUGAAGUUGAAGCUUCAGACACCAUCGAAAAUGUGAAAGCAAAAAUCCAGGACAAAGAAGGUAUUCCUCCAGACCAGCAACGAUUGAUCUUCGCUGGAAAACAAUUGGAAGAUGGACGCACAUUGUCAGACUACAACAUCCAGAAAGAGUCUACCCUUCACUUGGUACUUCGACUUCGAGGUGGUAUGCAGAUUUUCGUCAAGACUUUAACUGGAAAAACUAUCACCCUUGAGGUUGAAGCUUCAGACACAAUUGAAAAUGUAAAAGCUAAAAUCCAAGACAAAGAAGGAAUCCCACCAGACCAGCAACGUUUGAUCUUCGCUGGAAAACAAUUGGAAGAUGGUCGCACUCUUUCUGAUUACAACAUCCAGAAAGAAUCAACACUCCAUUUAGUACUUAGGCUCAGAGGAGGAAUGCAAAUCUUCGUUAAAACACUUACUGGAAAGACUAUCACAUUGGAAGUUGAAGCAUCCGACACUAUUGAGAAUGUGAAAGCCAAGAUCCAAGAUAAAGAAGGUAUCCCACCAGAUCAACAGAGAUUAAUCUUCGCUGGAAAACAACUCGAAGAUGGACGCACAUUGUCGGACUACAAUAUCCAGAAAGAAUCUACACUUCAUUUAGUACUCCGACUCCGUGGUGGUAUGCAGAUCUUCGUUAAAACCUUGACUGGAAAAACUAUCACCCUUGAGGUUGAAGCUUCAGACACAAUUGAAAAUGUAAAAGCUAAAAUCCAAGACAAAGAAGGUAUUCCUCCAGAUCAACAGAGAUUAAUCUUUGCUGGCAAACAAUUAGAAGAUGGACGCACAUUGUCGGACUACAACAUCCAGAAAGAGUCUACCCUUCACUUGGUACUUCGACUUCGAGGUGGUAUGCAAAUUUUCGUUAAAACUCUGACUGGAAAAACCAUCACAUUAGAGGUUGAAGCUUCAGACACUAUUGAAAACGUAAAGGCGAAGAUCCAGGACAAAGAAGGAAUCCCACCAGAUCAACAACGAUUGAUCUUUGCUGGAAAACAGCUUGAAGAUGGACGCACAUUGUCUGAUUAUAAUAUUCAAAAAGAAUCUACCCUUCAUUUAGUUCUUCGACUUCGUGGUGGUCUUCUUCAUUAAAGACUUCAUUAGUAUUAUCAACUUCAAUUCAAUAUUCAAAUACCAAUGAUUUUACAUUCAGAUUAUUUAAAUUUCUAAGUGAUAUUCUUUAGGGACUGAUGUUACAAUUAUCUCGCUCAUGUGUUUAUUGUAACUCUAAUUUUCUUUCUUUAACAUUAUAGAUAUAGAAAUUUUUUAUACUGAUUGUCUAAUGUAAAAAAAAAAGAGGUUAUUAAUCAUUAAAAUGCAAAAAUAUGUUCAAAUUUAA